AUGGCCGACUACGCCCCUCCCUCAGGGCCUCCGCCGCCCAAAGCGCCCGAAGUCCCUGCCGGCUGGGUCGCCCGGUGGAACGAGCAAUACAAAGAAUGGUUCUACGUAAACAUUUACACCAAGAAGUCCCAAUGGGACAAGCCCACCAGCCCCGUCUACCCCGACGGCGAAGCGCCGCCCUCCGAACCCCCGCCAGGCUACGACGGCCACAACGCCCCCCAAGUCUCCGACACCAAGAAUAACCCCUACGGCGACCACCACAGCAGCGACUUCGCCGGUUCGUCGUCACGGCAGGCCCAGGAGGAGGAGGACGCCCGCCUGGCCGCCCAGAUGCAGGCUGAAGAGGACGCCCGGGCCC